UUUAUUUGACAAAUGUCUCCAUCUUUGCCCAUAAACCCAACAAAACUCUCUCUCUCUCUCUCUCUCUCUCUCUCUCUCUCCCCCUCUUUCUCUCUCUCUCUCUCUCAAUGGCAGAAGAAACCCAACCAAGAUGGGAAGGCAAGGCCAUAGCUGAGCUGAAAGGGCCAACACCAGACCAGGUGUGGCCAUUCUUGGCGGAUUUUUGCAACCUCCACAAGCUGUUUCCCAACAUUGAUACGUGCUACCGAGUCGAGGGCAUCCAGGGCGAGCCCGGCCUCAUCCGAUACUGCGCCUCCACCGUGUCAGGCGACGAUUCAGAACCGUCGAAGCUUAAGUGGGUCAACGAGAGGCUCCUGAUGAUGGACCCUGGCGAGAAGUGCUUCAGCUAUGAGGUCUUGGACAACAAUAUGGGGUUCAAGAACUAUGUUGCCACAUUUAAAGUGAUGCCCAUGAGUGAUGGAGAUGGUAAGAUGGGUGGGUGCACUAUUGAGUGUUCUUUUGUGUCUGAUCCAAUUGAGGGUUGGGGGCUCCAAGAUCUGAGUUCUUACCUUGAUUUUUGCCUCCAAUAUAUGGCCAAGAAGAUAGAAAGUGCAAUUCAAGAAGCCAGUGCGUGAAGGAAGAAUGACGUGAUCUCUCUUGUUGAUAGAUUAUGUAUGCUUUAAUGAUUUCAAUAUGAUCAGGUUUGAUCUCCAAUGGUCGCGCUUUGCAUUUCUUGGAGAUCUAAUUUCAGCAUGAUUUACUUCUGGAAGAUAUAAUCUCAGCAUGAAUUACCUUUUUUCUUUACUUUAUCUUCUUUUCUGACUUUAAUUAGUGAAUUGAUUAUUAUAUUUUUUUCAAUUAA